CAAAGAACAAAGUCAAGGUUGAAGCGACCUCGACUCCCGCCUUUUCCUUGUAGACGUAGAAUAUAUUUCUGUAUUUCUUUGUUGACCUUCACCUUGACUUCUCCUUCUGGUUGUAUGGGCAAUAUUAAACUGUUGGUCUUCAUCUUUAACCUUUAAAAGCGUAUAACUAAAGUUACAGUUGUGAUACCAGCACAAGAAAUCGAACAUGAGGCUGCGGUUUAUAUUCUUGACGCCGAGGCUCGCGCCGUCCACAUCGUCUUCCUUGAGCGGUACUAUGAGCGGCAGGAGGACGACCUACUACAGUCGGUGGAAGCGGACUUUUUUGCCUCAAAAGUGGCGCGACAGUCUGGAACUGAAGGUCGUGGAAGAUUUCUUUUUCCCCCUAUGCAAUACAAAUUUCCUGUACACGACGUACGAAAUACAUCAAAAAUUUCGACAACUGGAAGCAUGACGCUUGUCAUGCUGAAUAGCAAUAGGAUGAAGGAAAAUCAUUUUUUUUGUCGUGCAGUAGAGACCGCUUUUGUACAUCAGCGCGUGCGGGAAGUUUUACUGAUUCUCUGUGGAUACCCCACCGACGAGGAGUACGUGCUCGACUUCACCCGAAAUUUCUUCGUCGGGUGCCGCAAGGCGGUCUGCGACGGACUGAUUUUUUCGCUUCGGUCCCGGGCCAUCCGCCGGGAGCUGCUGGAAUUUUUUCGGGCGCAGGCCUUUGUGAUUCUCGGGUUUCUCACACUGACGGUCUUGGUGUUCGUGUCUCCCCUGUUGUUACUACGCAACGUGCUGACGAAAACCCGCCCCGCCUCCAGCAGCCGGCCCCAGCAGAUGAACCCACCGAGAGAAAAAAGUGUGUUAAAUAUAAGAUCGCCCUUUUUUUUUAUCGAGAACUUGCGUCCAGUGAAGGAAAUAAUUCUUCAUUGUUGAAGACAAGCGCAUGAUGGGCAUGUUGCACCAAUAUGUUGUAAAAAAAAGAAAUACAAAAUCAAAAACUCAUCGAGUUCGAGAAGUUCUUCUUCUUGUGCGAAGUCAUUUGCUCCCUUCGGGAUCUUCGGGAUCGGAGGCGCGGGCGGCGCGGGCAUUUUUUCUUUUCGUAGCGGCUCACCGGGUGUCUCUACCUGUUUCGGUUUCACCAGACUGCGCGCGACUUGCUCGAUAUCGGUGCGGAGUACGAGUGGUUUUUUCUGCACUGCUUUCUGCGCAUCGCGCCCCUGGUGCACCUGCUUCUGAUCCGGUACCUUUUUUUCAAGAAGUUGGAUACCUGUUUCUUCCUGGCCCUCAAGGACCUGCUGCACCGCUGCAACGCGAAAUUUCAGCGGCCUCUCAUGCUGGACGGAGGUAGUUCUUCUAGUAGCUGCUCCUCUCGUGGUCGUAUCCUGUGCAAAAGUAUCGUACUCGUAGUGAUCCUGAUCGCAAUUAUGCAUUACAAAUCUACUUGCUAGGGUAAAUCCGCAUAUACAAAUUUAAUUUGUAAUGCUGAGCCAAUUUGUAUUGCGAUUUAUACUAGUACAAUACUUUUGCAAACAAUGCAUAGGUCGUGGGGACGAAGGACGACCUGCAUGGGCAGGACCACCCGGACGACCACCUCCCGGGGGCGGCCUUUCUGCUCCUGGUGGAGGAAUUGCACGACCAGAGCUGGAGCAGUACUCGACCCUGCCCAUUUCCAACGUCGAUGAGUUCGUGGAGCAAAUACAGGCCCUCCCAGCGGUUUCGAACACUGUGGACGCCAUGGCCUACAGAGUUGUGCGGAACCUGAUCGUAUGAAUUGCAAAAGUAUCGUACUCGACGUUAUGAAUGCAUUACAAAUUUCCACCUUAGCAUUAGAAAUAAAAUUUGUAAUGCUGACGCAGCUUAAGAAAAAAAUUUGUAAUGCAUGACUGCAAUACGAGUACGAUACUUUUGCACAGGAUAGAUCGGGGUCCUCGUGCUCAUCGGUUUCUACCUUUUCUCAACGCUCGGUGGAGGACCAACGGCUGCAACAGGCCUCUACCCUCUGCAAAACAAAGUAUAACAUUUAUCGAGCUCGUCCACCUCGUGCAACUACUGAACCUGAAGUGAAUACAGCAUGACAAAAAAUCUACAUCUAGUGUCCCACGACGGGGGCGGCCUUCGCCAGCACUACAAACUGGGCGUGAUUUUAAGAACUUGGGACGAUGAAGCAGGCACAGGCUACGCCCAAGCGCACACUAGCUCUGGAGCGCGAGGAUCAUACUUUUGCAAUGCAUAGCCGAAUCACCGGCGUCGGUACCGCAGAGGGCAGUGCAAGUAGCUCUUCGCCUGACGAUGGUGGUGACGGUUCCGAUCAUAGUCUUGGUGCAGCAGCUUCUGCAGUAGCUCCAUCAUCCUCAUUUUCCUCCUCUGCUUCCUCGCACCAGGCGCGAUUUCGGUACGGGUACCAGGUCUUCCAAUUUUUUGUGAUCUACGACAAACUGGGGCUGAAGCGCGCCUUUUACUGUGCCUGCGUGACGUAUGGAAGCGUCAGGAUUGAAAUCGUCAAAGUUGAAAUAAUUUCUCAUGCAUAAAUUGCAAGGCAUGAAGUGCCUCUCUUGCCGGGAUGGCAAGUGAGGCCGACAGUCAGCCUGUUUGGGGUGUGCGGUAGAGCUGCUGAAGUAGCAUGACAAAAGACGCCUUCUGUCCCAAAACAGCAUGACAAACUGGAUUUACACGUUGCCGAAAUUUGUCAUGCACCGCUUGAAAAUUGGGCUUCCAACUGGUAUCGAUUUUAUGCAUUACAAGUUAUUUCAACUUUGACGAUUUCAAUCCUGACGCUUCCAUAUGACCUUCUUCCUUCCCUUCCUGACGCCAAACCUGCUGCAGUUUGUGUCCUACUUCAUCGCCGUAUCCGCGCUCUGUCGCGAGGUAUUGGACCCGGUCAUUGCCCGGCUCCGCGAGCACCCGGACUGCGUGCUGUUCUACCACCAAGAGCACCGUCGGCUGGAAUUCGUGCCGCGCGACGCCUACUUUCGCUACAAAAAAACUGGACGGCUGCCACCACCGGAGGUGGUAAUGGCGACGUAUCCAAGAGACAAAUUGUAGUGUAACUGUAGUAGCUGUAGCUUCUGUGACGAGUGUAGCUUUUUUAUCGGAGCAGGAACAACAUUUGCAUACUUGUUAUACAAAUUUCAUUUCGUUUAUUAUUUGUACAGAAUUCCGGCCUGUUGCUGCACCAGAAAGUACUUAAAAAAGUACGGAACUAGUCUAAAAAGACGCAACAUGUCAUGCAGAUUCGCAAGAAGAAGUAAUUAUAACUGUUUUACACAUCACCACGUAAUAUGCAACUAGUACACAAGGUUACACCUUGUUUCGCAGUUUUCUGCUUGCAUACGAGGUCGAAGAUGAUGAGGAGUGAUGACGCGCGGCAGCGGGGCCCCGAACAAGGUCUUCAAGAUCUUGCUGCUUCUGGUGGCCUACGAGACGAGUUCAACACAACUCCGCCUUGAUGUUCUCCUUAUUUCUCAACGUGCGAAGUAGAAGUACCAAGAAGAAGGCGAACAAGUCCUCGCGGAGUUAUUCUUGCUGCCUUUUGGUACUGAUCGCAUGAUAUCAAAUGACUGCGGAACAAGCCAAGCCCAUGCGCAUGCCCGGAUUUGUGAUGCAGAAGCUACAACAGUUCUACUUGACGAGUGUGUGUCUCAGCUACUUAUGGCUCAUAUCACACAAUUCAGGGGGACGUUCGAGGGGGGGUUGUGCAAUCGGAUUCGAUCUCGAGCAUGGAGAAGCCUCGGCACCUGCCUCACCUGCCAAGCGCCUCCUCAGCAAGAGCGCGGGCGCCCUCUCUUCUCUCGUGACAGCGGCCACUGCUUCCGUGCAAAAUCGCUACGGAAAGUUCAACCGGGGCGGGGGCGGUAAUUCUACAUCAGAAAAAAAUGCUCCCGGUGGCGCCGCUUACUCUUCUUCCACUAAGUCGUCUGCAGCUCCGACGCCUUUCCUGGACCGCCGGUGGAGCGACAUAUGAGAACAGCGCACGAGGACUUCUGCUUCAUUCCCUCCCAUGUGUCAUGCAAAUAAAUUAUUUCAGAUCCAGGCGCACCAGGAAUUUGUUUUCAUGCACAGAGUCCAUGUUUGCUCGGCUGCUGGCCCUGGCGUUCAUUCCAUUAUCCAUUGCACCUGUUAGGCUAUUUCAAAAAUAAAAGGGGGUGGGGGCGGUAAGUAGCCGCGCACGCUCAUACCAAACGCGCUCGGCACACGAGCCGGAACUGUUCGGUUUUGGGCUGCCAUAUGAAUUGCAAAACUAUCGUGUUGGUGGAAAUUUCAACAUUACAUAAUUUGCAAAUUUUCCGGAAACAACAAACUGAAAUUUGCAUUUGUCAUGCUGUUUCAGAUUAGAGAGUAGAUUGAUCUGUCAUGCACAUGCAUAACCGCGAGCAAUACGGGUGCGAUACUUUUGCAAUGCAUAUGCUAUUAAUUCUGCUGAUCGCCGUGCCGGGCGUGGGCCCGCCCGUGGGCUGGUUCGCUGCGCAGAGUGCGGCGCCCGCCUUGUUUCUGCGGAUGUGGGUAUCCAAGGUGGAAAAAACUGUGUUUAGUGAACAAAGUACGGUGAUGUCAUGCGCAUGCGCAUGACGAGCAUGGACCAGUGACAGCGUAAGAACAACUUCAGUCUGCAUGAAGACAGAAAAAGGCCUUUGUGCACGGCUGUUUUUACGCGAAAAUGUACUUCAUAGCUGACCACCUCCAGCAUGCCAGGAUGUAACUGUGUUGAUGCAUGCUUUGCAUUAGCUCCUACAGACUUACUUUCACUUUACACAGGGUUUUCUUGCAUGGUGGGUGCUCGAAAUUCAUCAACUGCAGCUCCUCAUGGACCACGGAACGACAACGUGA